AUGUCUCAAGACAAUAAUGACUGGACCAGCUUCGCAGAUCAAGAGGAAUUCGACGCUUCGAUUCACGCUCUUUGGGAUCAAUCCGGAACUCAAAGUUCAGGCAAUGGAAAGGGAUAUGAUUUUGGCGAUUCGGCUUGCUCUCGGGUAACUAUUGAGGAUUACGAGCAAUUAGAAAAAGAAAAAGCGGAAAGAAUCGCUAUGAACAAACUGAUCGCCGAGUCAGACCAAUACACUUUCGACGAGGCUUAUCAAGAGAAUGAUUCCGGUUCCACAAACUGA